AUGAUAUAUGCUUCAAAGGUUGAUGUUUGUAUUCCUUCUAUUGGAGACAUACAAGUAGAAACUAUUCAGGAUUUUGUUGAAGAUGUCUUAAUGGAGCAGAACAAAGAUAUAGCAAAGCUUUAUAUCAAAUAUAGAUAUAAGCAUCAGAUGGCAAGAGAAGCCACAACAAAUCUUGACUAUGAGAUAUUAUCUCUUAAAGAUGGCACAAGUGAAGAAGUAAUUAAUAAUGCAAACAAGGAUGGUAAGAAGAUACAGACACUUAAACCUAUGAUAGCAGACGUUACUAUUAUAGAUCAAGCUAAGAGACUUUUUAUACCUAAAAAAAUUCUUGCUCAUCACGAAAAAGAAAUCUAUAUUCAUGAUAUGGGUUACUUUGGUUUGCCGUUCUUUAAUUGUAUGCUCGUUAAUUGGCAAGACUGCUUCAAUGGUGGUAUGAGUAUUGGUGGUGCUACUAUUGAAAAACCAAAAUCAUUCGCUACUGCGAUAGCAUUACUUAGUCAGUUAGCUGCUCAUGUAUCAUCAAAUUGUUAUGGUGGAAUAACUUUUCCUCAGUUGACAAAAGGUCUUUGUGAAUAUGCAAAGAUGAGUCUUGAGAAAUACAAAAAAUUUGAUGCUGGAUUUAUAAACGAAGAUAAACUUGAAGAUUUUGCAUGGAAACAGUUGGCAAAAGAAAUCAAGGAUGGUACUCAGAGUCUUGAAUUUGAGAUUCAGACACUUACAAAUUCAAGAGGUGAAGUUCCAUUUAUUACAAUUGAACUUGAUACUAUUGAUAUGAAUGCUUCAGAAGAAGAUCAGAAAAUUCAGUAUAUGAUUAUUACUGCACUUCUUAAUCAGAGAAUAGCUGGUUUAACUGGCGGUGUUACUCCUGUAUUCCCUAAGAUGAUUAUAUCCUGA